AUGCAGACGGUAAACGUCGAUACGAAUUAACUCUAUAUUAUCCCAAAGUUUCAUCCUUGAGAAUUUGAGGAAGGUCUGGCGGCCCAAGGCUCUUAGUCUAUUAGCAAACAGUAAACACAUUUUGACCGUAAAAAGGUCAUGCACGAAAUUAUUGUUUUCCAAGGGAGUACCAAUUUGUUUUUACUUCAUAUUCUUUUUUAAACGGCUAGCCAAAGAAUAUUUUAGUUGUUAAAAGCCACUCAUUAAGAAUCAAUAGACGCUUCGAACUUAAGUAAAUAAAAAUUUCAACAUUUUUUGACUUUUAAAAAACUUAUAAACUGCGGUAACCAACUGGUGAAAUUGUUUGAAUUAGUAGGCACAGUACGGUUAGCAUCCCCCUGUGCAUGAACGGCAGCGGCGUUAGGGCGGCUGAAGUGGCCUGCGCGCGCCGACCGUCGGUCGCAGGUCGCAGGCAACCGACUAUCACUGCUCGCUCGGUCGGGUCCGGGACGGACGCGACCGCUGGUACAGGACAAGUGUUCGUUAGUCUGUUUUACGCACCAUAGUAAUCUUUUAUUGCAGAUUUCUUGAAUUAAAAGAGAAAAGACACUUGCUGUUUUGAGUUUCGUGUCACAGAAAACCGCGUCUUCUAUUUCUAAACGCGUAAAACCACGUUUAGAUAGUAGCGAAACAUUUUAGUAACGAAAAAUGACAGUAUUUUUGUAGUGGUGUUUAGUCAGUAAGGCAGACGUUGAAGUAAUUCCAUUGAGACAGGAGUGGGAUGGACUUCGACGCGAUCCUGGAGGAGGUGGGCGGCUGGGGCCGCUACCAGCAGCUGGUGGUGUACGGCGUGCUGCUGCCGGCCGUGCUGCCGUGCGGCUUCCACGCGUACGCGCAACUCUUCAUGGCCGCCGAGCUGCCGCACUGGUGCGCGCCGCCGCCGCACCACGACCCUCAUCUACACAGGAACAUGAGCAUCCCUAUGGAGCUCCGCAACGGCGUGAUGCAGUACUCGCAGUGCAGCAUGUACGAGCCCAACUCCUCGCUCGCGCUCGCGCCGGGGGCGGAGCGCCGCGUCGUGCCCUGCACCCACGGCUGGGCCUACGACCGCAGCGUCUACAGGAACACGGUCGUCAGCGAGUGGAACCUGGUGUGCAGCAAGGACUUCUACCCGACGCUAGGGCUGGUGCUGCUGGCGGUCGGCGGCCUCGUCGGCAACUACAUCUUCGGAUAUUUGCAGGACACGCUGGGGCGCAAGCCGGCGUUCUUCAUCUACCUGCUGAUCGAGUGCGUGUUCGGCGUGGCGACGGCCUUCGCGCACAACUUCGCGCUGUGGGCCGCCUUCCGCGUCGGCGUCGGCUUCACCGUGCCCGCCAUCAUGGCCACGCCCUACGUGCUGGCGAUCGAGCUGGUGGGCCCCCAGCACCGCACGCUGUGCACCAUCCUGUCCAACAUCGCGUACUCGACGGGGCUGAUCCUGCUGGCGGGCGUGGUGUGGCUGGUGCGCGACUGGCGGCAGCUGGCGCUGGCCACCAGCCUGCCCUUCCUCGCCUUCUUCCUGUACCUGUGGCCCAUGCCCGAGUCGCCGCGCUGGCUGCUGGCGCGCGGACACUUCGACAAGGCCGAGGUCAUCCUGCGCAACAUGGCCAGGAUAAACAAGAAGUCCCUGCCGGCCAACUAUAUGGUGCACCUGCGGCGGCGGUACGAGUCGGAGAAGCUCCAGCAGGAACUGCAGCGCGAGAAGACGCGCCAGUACGGCGUCAUGGACCUGUUCCGCACGCCCAACCUGCGCAAGAAGACCAUCAUCAUCACCUUCAUCUGGUUCACCAACACCAGCGUGUACGUGGGGCUGUCGUACUACGCGCCGGUGCUGGGCGGCGACGAGUUCUUGAACUUCUUCCUGGCGGGCGCCGUGGAGCUGCCCACCUACCUGUUCCUGUGGCCCAGCAUGGAGCGCCUCGGCCGCCGCUGGACGCUCUGCAUGAGCAUGGUGGUGGGCGGCGUGGCCUGCCUCACCACCUUCCUCGUGCAGCACGAGGAGUACGUGACGCUGGCGCUGUACUGCGUGGGCAAGAUGGGCAUCUCGUCGGCGUUCGUGGUGCUGCCGCUGAUGGCGUCCGAGCUGUACCCCACCGUGGUGCGCGGGCUCGGCAUGUCGCUCAGCUCCGUGCUCGGCAUGCUGGGGCCCAUCGUGAUCCCGCUCGUCAACUACCUGGGGUCGGAGCAGCUGGUGCUGCCGCUGGUGCUGAUGGGCGCGCUGCUGGUGCUGGGCGGCGCGGCCAGCCUGCUGCUGCCCGAGACGCUGGCGCGGCCGCUGCCGCAGUCGCUGGCGGACGGCGAGCGCAUGGGGCUCGACACCGACUUCUGCUGCCACCCGCCGCAGCGCGACCCGCGCCACCCCGAUCUGCGCCUCGCCUCAACCAACACACCUCCAACUAAAUAACUAUAC